AUGGCCUCCACCGAGCGUCGCCCCUCUUCGACGCGAGGCCUCGGCAGAAUGUUGAAGGAGCACAAGGCGAGGCUGUACAUCAUCCGGCGAUGCGUUGUCAUGCUUCUCUGCAACCGCGACUGAUCAGUGAUCAUACUGAUCAUCACGCAUUUUUGUUGUAGUCCGGGUCCUCCGGGAUAUGGACGGACAACUUCUUUUUGUUCUGGAUUUCACUUCCAGAAUCUAGGGUUAACAAUUCUUUGAUCGAUGUAUAUAAUCAUGUAUGGAGGGCUAGCAUGUUAUUUUCCAAUAUUUUCACCUUUUAACACCGGUGAUUUCGCACUCUACUUUGUUAGAUUGACAUAACAGUUCUCUUUUUGAUCGUUCAGAAACUCGAUCUGUUAUUCUGGAUCCUUCAGAAAAACAAAAGUAGUUCCCGGAUAGUGUUUUAUCUGAAGUUCUGCUACUUGUUUUUCUUUCACUUUCUGCUCCAAAGAGGAAACAAGUCUCCAUAAUAAUUCACACACUAGUCACCAGCAAAUUAGAAUACUGUC